GAGAGAGAGAGAGAGAGAGAGAGAGAGAGAGUGUAUGGAGACGUGAACACUUUCUCUCAGAGCCCCCCUUAUUCCCCUCCCUGCGAGCCCCCGAAACCGGAUUAAACCGAUUUAUUUUUUUCCAUUAAACGUGACCGUUAUUCGGGGCUAAACCGAGCCGCGAUGUGGAUUCAGGUCCGCACUAUAGACGGGACGGAGACCCGCACGGUGGAGGAUCUGUCCCGGCUCACCAAGAUCGAGUCCCUGCGUCUCAAAAUACAGGAGAUCUUCAAUGUGGACCCUGAGAGACAGCGCUUAUUCUACAGGGGCAAACAGAUGGAGGAUGGACAGACCCUGUUCGAUUAUAAUGUCGGCCUUAAUGACAUUGUUCAGCUUCUCAUUCGCUCUCACACCGAUCCAGCUGACAGUCCAAGCCCCACUCCCAACAAUGGAGAGGUCAUGGCUGAUAACGUAACUCCUCCCAGCAGUAGCUCUACCACGCCCACAGCAGCCACAGUAACCACAGCAACCACGGCUUCCCCAGCUACGGUCAGCAGCAACAGUGAUUCAGCAUUAGACAGUCAGCCUUCGACAUCCUCAUCUGCUGACCUCAUCGAUCCAGGGAUCGGAGUUUAUAAGAUUAACGAGCUAGUGGACUGCAGGGACGUCAGCAUCGGCGCCUGGUUUGAGGCCACAAUCGAGAGAGUCACUCCAUCCAGCAAAGGGAGCAAAAGAGAGACAGCAGUUUCUUCUACAGGCAGAGCAGGGAGAAACGGCAAGCGCAUUAAUGGGAAGGUGGAGACGGAGUCAGACACAAACGGUACUGUGCCGCUAAACUCGAGCAGCGAGAAGCCAUCAACGUCUCAAACUGAAGCAGAAGAUCCUGCCAGAGACGAUGUCAGCUACCACAUUAAAUAUGAGGAUUACCCGGAGAAUGGUGUGGUGGAGAUGAAUGCAGAGGAUGUGCGUCCUCGAGCUCGGACGCUGCUACGCUUCGAACAGCUGGAGGUGGGACAGGUGGUGAUGGUCAACUACAACCUGGAGCUUCCAGAAGAAAGGGGAUUCUGGUACGAUGCUGAAAUCACCACGCUCAACCACAUCUCCAGAACCAAGAAGGAGGUCCGCGUCAAAAUCCUGCUCGGAGGUCCAAGUGAUGUGAUUGGUGACUGUAAGCUGUUGUUUCUGGAUGAAAUCUACCGAAUUGAGAAACCCGGAGCUCCUCCUCUCUCUGUCAGUGAUGGCCAGUUUAAACGUAAGAGUGGACCGGAGUGUAAGCACUGUAAAGCCGACCCGGAUGCAGAAUGUCGGUUCUGUUCAUGUUGUGUGUGUGGGGGGAAACAGGAUGCACACAUGCAGCUGCUGUGUGAUGAGUGUAACAUGGCCUUCCAUUUGUACUGCCUCAACCCCCCACUGUCCACCAUUCCAGAGGAUGAAGACUGGUACUGCCCCACUUGUAAGAAUGACACCACUGAAGUGGUGAAAGCUGGCGAAAGGCUGAAAGAGAGUAAAAAGAGGGCCAAGAUGCCUUCAGCAACCAACGGGAGCCAGCGGGACUGGGGAAAGGGAAUGGCAUGUGUGGGGCGUACUAAAGAAUGCACCAUUGUUCCAUCCAAUCACUACGGUCCGAUUCCUGGAAUUCCUGUGGGAACCACCUGGAAGUUUCGUGUGCAGGUGAGUGAGGCGGGGGUGCACAGGCCACAUGUGGGUGGGAUUCAUGGACGCAGUAAUGACGGCUCCUAUUCGCUGGUGCUGGCUGGAGGAUUUGAAGACGAAGUGGAUCGGGGAGAUGAGUUCACAUACACAGGCAGUGGGGGUCGCGACCUUUCAGGAAACAAGCGGAUCGGAGAACACUCGUUUGAUCAAACUCUAACACACAUGAACAGGGCACUUGCUCUGAACUGUGAUGCCCCUUUGAAUGAUAAAGAUGGGGCAGAAUCUCGGAAUUGGAGGGCUGGGAAACCAGUCAGAGUAAUCCGCAGCUCAAAAGGCAGACGAAUCAGCAAGUAUGCCCCAGAGGAAGGAAACCGAUAUGAUGGAAUCUAUAAGGUAGUCAAAUACUGGCCUGAAAUUGGAAAGUGCGGCUUCCUGGUGUGGCGUUACCUGCUGAGACGUGAUGAUGUGGAGCCUGCACCGUGGACGCCUGAGGGACUCGAGCGCAGCAAAAAACUCGGACUGAAAGUGCAGUACCCUCCUGGUUAUUUGGAGGCGAUGGCCAAUAAGAGCAGGAAGGAGGCGAGUGUGCGAGGGGGAAGAGGUGGAGCUCCACGUGGUAAACGACAUGGAGGAAGAGGAAGGCCAAGAUGUGGACGGCCGCCAAAGAGGGUAAAGGAGGAAGAGGAGGAAGAGAGAGAGGGGGUGGAACCUGCAGAGCAGGAGGAUGGAGAGACACAGAAGAACGGAGGAGAGGACACACAGAAAGACACAGUGUGUAAGGAGCAGCAGGAGCCCAAAGCAAAGCGGGUAAAGGAAGUGGAGGCGUUUGUGUUAUCAGAGCAGCAGCAUUCACUUAUACAGGAGGAUCAUGGGAACAAGAAAUUGUGGGAUGAAGCUCUGAGCUUCCUCACUGAGGGACCGAACUUCCUGCGUAAGGUGGAGCAGAUCUUCAUGUGCGUGUGCUGCCAGGAGCUUGCUUACCAGCCCGUCACCACACCCUGCCAGCACAAUGUCUGCAAGACCUGCUUACACAGAUCGUUCCGAGCUGAAGUGUUCACCUGCCCGGCAUGUCGCUACGAUUUGGGGAAAGAUUACGUCAUGGUGCUGAAUAAAAACCUGCAGCAGCUCCUGGAUCAGUUUUUUCCUGGAUACAGCAAGGGACGAUGAGACGUCACCGGAGACACGGACAGAAAUAAUCUCCAUCCAGCUCAAUGGCACUUACACACACACACACACACACACACACACAUAUACAGUCAGUGCACUAACUCCUACACCCAAUACGAUAACAUACAAAGCGCACACGCACACACACAAACACACACACACACACAAUCAGUGCACAAACUCCUACACCCAACAUGAUAACAUACAAUCCGCACACACAUACACAUACACACACACACACACACACACACAGAUACAUGCACACACAUGUUUCAUGUAGGUGUUUCUUUCAUUACCACCAGCCUGAUACUUGUAUCCCAAGGACACCCAGGUCAUCACCUUGACCACAACCUCUGCUGGUUGUGCAUAGGGGUUUAUUCCUCCCUACACUUCUCUCAACUGAAGGACACACACACAAAUACACAAAUACACUCUCUUCAAAGGAACGGUGGAAAACUAGCGACGGCUCAUUCAAUUCAACGGAUCUGUUGAGGAUGGACUAAUGGCUAAUGCUAAUCAAGUGCUAACUGUUGCUAACAGGGGAAAAAAUGGCUCACAAAUCUUCACAAAAGUGAUGUAAUUUAACCAAACAAUGCUAACCCGGCAUCAAAGAAUCAGUGUUAGGGGUGCUUAGUAAGAGUGGAAUGUUCAGAUAGAUUUAAUUUACAGUUAUGACAAUCGUGUAAUUCAGUAGCCUGUUGUUAUCCGUUAAUCCAGCUAGUUAGCUAUACACUGAAUUACUUUGAAGAAUUACAAUUAGGUUGAUUGCGUUUUUGUUUUGAGAUGGCUAAAUAUCUACAGCUAGCUGGCUAGCUAACCCUCAUGCUUGUAAUCUUUCACUUCUAAAGUUUCACAAUAAAUCAGUUUGUUCAACUUAAUUUUUUCACUCAUAUUGCAUGCAUUAGCAUAGCGAUUAGUAUAACAGCUCGUACAUUAUGUAAUAAUAUAAUAGCCGAACAGCAUAAAGUAUCAAAGUAUCUGUAUGAUGGUUGUAUAUACUGGAAUACACUAGCCAACCGUGAGCGUCUGUGAGCUCGUAUAUGGAAGAGGGCAGAUAGCACUGUCCUCUGAGUGUGUUACAAUGCCGUGUGCAGCAUAAGCAAGAGUUCAAAAAGAUGCAGCGGCUGGCUUGACUUGUCUCAGAGGAAAGCGUGUGUUUGCCAUCACCCUCCUCGGGUGGUAGCUGUCAUGUGAUAAAGGAGAGCUGCCUGGGGGGUGGGAGAUGGUAGAAGACUAAGCCAAAUUGAAAAUGAGGAAAGAUCCCCCAAAAAUCUGAUUAUCUUAGUGUUAAUUUUUGUUGUUUGUAUGCUAGCUAACUGAAAAUAUCUCACUCCUUCAGUUUAUUGCUUUAUGUUUUACACUUAAUCUGAGUCUUGGUUUGGUUUAUCUAAAAACACUUCUUAUGUUCUUCUUUAAGUCAGAAAAAAGACUUGCAUGUUACUGCAUACAAGUAAUUAGCCUGAUAGCUAAUAUCCUCAUGGUAUGAUAACUGUAGAACUCAGUAUCACAGUUUUUGGCAUAUAACAGUGUAAAUUAUCAAUAUUAUGAAUCACAUCCAAUGAUAAUUACAUUACUGUUGAUAUGUUAAUGUGCUUGUUAGCUAGCUAGCUUUGUUUUGAGAUAGUUAAACAUCUACAGCUAGCUGGCUAGCUAAUGCUCUAAUGGGAUAUUAGUUAUCUCUUACUUAUUUUGUGUUCCACAUUAAAUCUCAAUUUUUAUUUGUUUAGCCUAAAAGCCAUUUCUGAUUUUCUUCUUCAUAUCAUUAGACAAACCUGAACACGUUCUCACAUAAUUAGCUUUGUAGCUAAUAAAUUCUAGCUAUGAUAACCGUACAAGACAAAAUCUUUGUUCUUUGUAUAUCGUUGUAUAAGUUGAUGGAUCCCAUCCGUGAAUGAGGAGUUUUGAGUGUUAAUUGCUUUGUUUAGUGUUAAUUGCUUUGUUUUAAUUGUUAAUCAUGUAAAGCUAACUAGGUAAUGAAUACUGUAGUGGGAUGUUGGUUUAUUAUAUUUAAAUUUAACAUGUUUGGAAAUACAUCUGAGUGUGGGCAGUCCAAAAGAAACUCUGUAUGAUGCUAGCUAUUUUCCAUUCCAGAUGGAACAGCCAGCAGAGGCUAUUACUGUGCUAACAUUAGCUGUCCUGCAACUAAGCUAAUGCUACUAACUACUAUGCCAGCAUGAGGAAAGUGUGAGUUCAAGUUUCUAGCAACAUGUGGCAACUGGAAACAUUCAUGUGUGAUUUUUGUGAAUAUUCAUUACAUUGAUAUAGUAAUAUUUUACAACACACCGUCUCAGCCAGUCAGCACACUAAUGCUAGCAGCUUAGCUUACGUUCAUUGUUGCUGGGUUAAUAAUGUUUGGUUAAAGGAAACAUUGCUACUACCAGGGACUGUUUAUAUUUAAUCAGUUUUCUAAACUUAGGAAAAAUCCACAAACAAGAUAAGUCCAAAACGGUGAGUUCUGAUUGGCUGAGAGCAGCAGGACUCAGUAUCAGGAGUUAGUCGUAAAGAGAUGACAUAACACUGUCUGUGGGAGUUUGGGAUGAAAUAAUUACAGAGAGAAUUUGUCAAACAGGUAAACUCCGGAUCUGUGUCAAUAUUCAAUUUUCAGAUGAAAAGGACUGACCAACUGAACAACAGAUAAAAUAUAAAGUUCUUGGUGAAGUGCAGUGCCUGAACUGGAGUUUAUUUCAUUCGAUAGUAAAAGCUGAUUUACAGGUUUUAACAUUGGCAUUGGCUUAAAAAUGUAGCUCACGCCCCAAACUGUCCAAUCAGGACCCAAAAGUGGUGUAUCUUGGUGUCUCAGCUUUUCUCGCUUUUACGUUGAUUUUUUUAAAAUUCAGUCCUGCAGACAUGCAGUUUUUUCUAUUGCGGACCUGCCAACCUUCAUGCAUUUUGCAUAGGAGUGACACAUUCUAACUUGGGAGUAUGCUAGCUGUCAUUCAAUAAUACGCCAGUAAAAAUAUCAGAUGAGCUAAUCAUCAUAUCAAUCUGGAAGGAUUGACAGUUGCAGAGAUGUUUUGAACUCUCCGAUAUUAACUGACUUUCUGGAAGCCCCGCCCCCUUCGACCAUCUCACGUUAGUAAUCUUUGGGUUCGUCUAGACUCAGUUUUGCUGCUGAAACAGCACCCCCACUUUCUGUCAUGCUAAAUGGAGAAUGUUUUGGGUUCAUUAAUGUGAAAUAAAAUCUAUCAGUGUUUGUUCCGUUUCCAACAUUACACAAGUAAAUAAACAUCAUCUAACUAUAUUUAUUAGGGAAAAAAAAGUACUAAAAUUUUGACUGAAAAAAAAAGAUUCAAAUAGGCCUACAAGGAGGUAUAAUACACAUAACUGUAAUUCAAUUCAGUUUUAUUUGUAUAGAGCUUUUAACAAUGGACACUGACUAUGUUUACAUGCACAUCAAUAUUCCGAUAUUAAUCACAAUUUGACAAUAUUUGAAUUAGUAUUGAGUCAUGUAAACGCCACAAUCCAAUAACAGAUGCUUACCCGACCCUUUCCAUUUCUAGGCGGUGUUUUCAGGCAUUUUUGAUGGUGAGAAGUGUUAGAGUCCUAAUUAAGUUAGUGUGAAAAAGAAGUAAUAAAACUAAUAAUUGAGCAUACUCUUCUCCUGGGAAAUAACAGCGGGAAAGGAAAAGCGCAUGUGUAGCUUGGCAUACUCACAACAACCAUGUAUACAGGAAUAUUCCGGUGAGUGUGCGCAUAUUAACAUCGUAUUCGGAAUAUGGCCGCAACCCAAAUAUAGAGCUUAAACGGAAUUUGAUGUGCAUGUAAACGUAACCAUUGUCACAAAGCAGCUUUUCUGAAAUAUAUAAAUUCUAGAUAUAAAUUUUAGUAAAGCUGCUUUCUGACAAUGGCUAUGUGGCAAGGAAAAACUCCCUGAGACAACAUGAGGAAGAAACCUUGAUAGGAACCAGACUCAAACUACAAUGACACAUUAAUGGUGAUGAUAAUUUGAAAGUGAUUAUAAACACUGUGUUCAAAAACAUGUUCAAACAGCGUGGUUAAGCCCAGCUCUCUAUAAACCAGUCUGCACGUACGGGGUUUUAUAGUAACUACCAGGCACGUGGGGGAAAAGUUUAUAUAAGUUUAUAAGUUUUUAAGUUUAUAUUUUCUUCUUAAUGGGUUACUUGGACACACACACACCGCAUUAUAACUAAAACGGCACUUCUGCUUCCGGCUCGUCCGCCAUAAUGACUGCCAAUGUUUUAUACCUGGUGUCUGCAGGAGCUCCUGAAAAUUAACACCAGUGACGUUCAUCAUAUAUGUAAGAACACUUGCAAAGCUCCUGUUAGUAAGCUGGAGAAAGGUAUCAGACUGAAUGCUUCAUCAUACAUAAAGUAAAUUAAAAUAAAAUACCUAUUAAUAGAAACAAACAUCCAAGCUAAUGUUAGCCCAACACUAUGAUUUUAUUGUAAGAUUGAAAAAAAAAAAAACCCACAAAUGUUAGACAUUGCUGUCUCGCUGUACUGCCAAAUGUAAACAAUCCUACCAUAGAUGCGAGACUCACACUAUUUCAAAACGGAAAUACAUCACAGCCCUGAAUGCAAGUAGCCUAUUGCUGUUCAUAACUUGUUCAUUCCUUUUCCUACAAUAGGAAGAAGGAAAGUGUGCAUGUAAAAUUUUCUAUUGUCUGCAUCUUAACUAAAACAGAAGGCAGCUUUUUCCCCUCAGGCACCUGGUGUUUACUGUAAAAAUCCUGUAUGUACUCGCACUCCAGUUUCCACCUUAGACAAGUGAUUUGUGAAAAGACUAUAUUGAAAAUGUAUUGAGUUUUUACCCAGGAGGACUAUGUAUUAUUCCUCUUCUGGGUUGGCAGGUCUGUAAUUGAUUGAUUAGCGAGAUUAAGCUACAUUCAAGUACAAUGCAGAAGUAUUAAGUAUAUAAAAGUGUUAGAAUAGUUUUAGGAAAUGAAGACAAACUGUAUUAAAGGCCCCACUUUGGGAUUAUGAGCCAUUCAAAAUCUGAUCUAGAUCAGAUUUUUGCCCUGUUUAUGUCAACAUCACCAAACCACUAGCUGUUUUCAUUCACACAAGUCCAGAGAGGUUAUGCAGUAUUAUUGCUUUUCUGUACAGAUCAUCUCAACAUAAAUGUUAAGGUUUGUUAAUGCAAGCUGGUUAAAAGACAUCUAAUGCUAACAGCUAGUUACAUUAUCAAUUGCAUUUGAGAUCUUUAAUUUAAUCAUUUUUAAUAAUUCAUAAUUAUCAUAAUUUUAAAAUAUGAACAUUUGUAUGGAGUUAUUUUAUUACUUGUGAAAUGUACUGUAAAAAAAAACAUUUUAUGAAUUGCAAAUUCAAUAUUAUAUUAGAAAACUCUGUAAUUGCAAUUUCACAGUUACAUGUUUUUAUUUACAACAUUUUAUACUUUUAUUACAUUCACAUCACAAUUAAGAGUCACAAUUUAUCCACUUGCGCAACAUGGAGACAGCUAAAAGUUUCCAGCUGUAAAGUUUUUGAGAAAGAGAGCCAAUGGGACAGCACCAGAGAGCUAAAGGGGGUUGGGUUAAGGCCAAAAAAUUCCAUGACAUUUAUAAGCAAAUCAAACACAAGAAGUACAGAUUUACAAAUUGAAUAUAGAGUUGUGAUUCAUAAAAUAACAUUAUUACUUCAGACAUAAAAAAAAAACUUUGUUUUGUUGUUUUGACUUUUGUUAUCUUAAAAAUCAUGCUAAAAAAAAAAAAAGUUCUAAUGCAUAGCCUCCCUGGACUUCUGUAAUUCUUUCAGUCUUUUGUUUUCCAGCAAGACUUUUUCAGUCCUUUUUUCUCACACACAACGCAAAAGUCAACAUUAUAGUGAAAUAGCAUUAAACCUGUAGUCACAGGUCCAGCAUUAUGUCAGGACGACAUCAUGGUCCUAAUGAGUGACAGGCAUCACCUGGUCAUCAAGGGUGGAGCUUAACUUAAAUCUGAUCAGCCAAUUGCAGACUCAAUCUUGUGACAUCACCACUUGCCUUUUUUAAAAUCAUUUUUACUUUUAAGAUUCAACAAAGUAUUUAACAUAAAAUACUAGUUUUAAUUAUACAGUGUCAUAGUAUAGUAGCCUAAUAGCAUAGAAUUAGCCAUGAAACAGCAGCACUUAUUUUGCUAGCAUUAGUGCAGUCCUGCAUUUAUGUAGCUGGUUAGUUUAGCAGAUGCUGAAGAACUGUUAUAUUUUGUAAUAAAAAGGAAAAAGUUUACAACUGGCUGAUCAAAGGAAACUUAUGCUAUGCCCCUGUUAUCAUGGAGACACCUGACACUGCAAAACCAGGAUUUGAGCCCAUUUCUCUUGUUCACACUCACAUGUUUGCUCCAAUCAUCUGUCAUGUUCGUGGAGGGAGAGAGCAUGUGAUUUUUCUGUUUUUUCUUUUAUUUUUAUUUGAAUGAGUUAACUGAUUAAAUGCUUCAUGAACUGCUAUACUGUCUCUGCAGCUAACUGUGAUUUGCAAACCGCUUUUCCUUUUUUUUUCCCCCUUGGAAAAAUAUUAUUUUUAAUUACCCCCGCAAUAGUAGGUGAUGCUAGUAAAUUCCUUUUUUUGUGAGUUUCACUCUCUCUCUCAUUGGUUCUCUCUGGUUCUAGUUCUAGUUCCUGUUCUGCUGCUUGGCUUUUCUGCCUUCCAUGUCUGUUGUUUCACAGCACGUACUAAAGAAGGAGAAAACUUUUAAACAAUAUAAAAACAGUUGAUGUGUUAUUCUCAUGAGCGCUGAUCAUGCCGUUGUUUUUUCUAGUGUUUAAUCCCUUGUUUAUGUUCAUCAUCAGUUCUGUUGAUGUGGCAAACAUUUACCUGAUGACGCACAACCUGCCUCAGCAGCAACAUGGCUUCAUAUUGUGAUCCCAAAUUUUAUACAUGGUAUUAUACUUGAUAUGUACCUAUUAAAUAUUUUGAUUUCAGAAAUAA